CUUUUCCCAGAGCUAUCGCCAGGGGCUGUGCAAGCCUUGGAGCUCUCGAUCGAACCCAGGGGCUUGAAAAUCCACGCAUGGCGCGCAAAUGCGGGGCGGAUUCCGGCCGUGCCAGGCAAAUCUACGCGCAGGUGAUCCAGAACAGGGCUGAGAUUGACGAUUUCAUUGCCGAGGAGCUCGUCCAGAUGUUCAUACGUUGUGGAUCUCUCUCAGACGCCGUGAAAUCGCUGGAUGAGCUGCGAAUCCAGAGCGUGGUCGCGUGGACUGCGACGAUCUCGGCAUUUGCCCGGCUGGGGCAUCGCGGCGAGGCAUUUUUUCUCUUCCACAGGAUGCUGGUGGAGGGUGUUUUGCCAAACAAGGAUAGUCGAGCGAGAUCUUCAAAGGGAUCGUCUUGUCGGCACAGCUCUGGUGAAUCUCUAUGGCAAGUUCCAGAGGCUGGACGAGGCGUGGACGAUUUUUUGCGCGCUAGAAGGAAGAGAUCUUGUGUCGUGGAACUCCAUGCUAUCGGCGUUUAGCGAGCACCAGCAGUGGAGAAGGAGCCUUGAGCUUUUCAAAGCGAUGCUGCUUCAAGGUUUGUCUCUGGACAGUAUAACAUUCCUCGCAGCGCUCAAAGCUUGUGCCAACUUACGGGAUUUGUCACAGGCAAAGCUUGUCCAUGGACAAAUCUGUGAGAGCGGACUAGAAGGAGCGGACAUGGUCGGGAAUACGAUCGUUGAUACGUAUGGAAAGUGUGGCAGUAUCGACGAUGCUCUAGCGGCUUUCGAGCGAAUUCCAGCCAAAGACAUCGUUUCCUGGAACGUCAUGCUAGCAUCUCUCAGCCAGAAUGGAAGCUGUGCCGAGGCAGUAAAACUUUUCAAGCGAAUGCUUCACGAGGGAGAGAGAGCCGAGAAAGUUACAGUCGCGACGCUGCUCCACUCUUUCGCGAGCCGGGAGUUUUUGCAAGAAGGUGAGCUUCUUCAUGAUCAUAUUGUCGAGCUCGGCCUGGAUAUUGACAUUGUCAUGGCAACCGCGCUGUUGAUCAUGUAUGCCAGGUGCGGAAGCAUGGAUCGAGCGAGUAAAAUGUUCGACACCAUCCAGAACAGGGACGUGGUUCUCUGGAACACUUUCAUUUCAUCGCUCGCUCAAGCUGACCGCGUGAAGGAUUCCUUCCAGGUGUUCCGAAGAAUGCAGCUGGAAGGUGUUCGUCCAAACAAAGUCACAUUCGCGAGCGUCAUCGACGUGUGCACAAGCUUAAGUUCGCUGGCGGAUGGAAUGCUCGUUGCCGCGCUGGUUUUGGAGAGCGGACUUGGCUCCGACACCGUUCUCGGCAACGCGAUCAUCGACCUGUAUGGGAAGUGUGGAAGCCUCGAAAACGCGUGGGAGGCAUUCGACAGGAUGGAGAACAAGGACGUGGUUUCCUGGACGACGAUUCUCGGUGCUUACUCCCAGCACGGGCUUUUCAGCGAGGUGGUCGGGCUUUUCAACAAGAUGCUGCUGGAAGGCAUAACUCCGAGCACGGUUACGUUCGUCACGGUUCUUUACGCCUGUGCGGAAUGCAAGGCUCUAGAGGUCGGGAAGAAGAUCCAUGCUCGUGUCAUGGAGGCCGGACUGGAAUUCGACGAGCUUCUCUCCAGUGCCAUUCGGUCGCUGUACGCGGAGUGUGGCUACUUGGAGGAAGUUUGCAGAGUUUUCCACGGUAGGAAGCAGGAGCAAGAGGUAGCGGCUUGGAACGGGAUGGUGGUAGCCUUGAGUAGACGGGAACUCUUCGACGAGGCAGUGGGACUCUAUCGACAGAUGCAGCUGGAAGGAGUUCCCGGGGAUAAAUUCACGCUGGUGUCGGUGCUGGAAGCUUGCUCGGAGCUCCCGCUCGUCAAGUCGAUCGAGGCCAGAGCUCUAAGUUUGAGGUUGGAGCAGGACGACACGAUCAACACGGCACUUCUCAAAGCGUACAGCCGGUGUGGAAACAUGCGAGACGCGAGGAGAGCUUUCGAGAGAACUCCAAAGAAGGACGUGGUUGCAUGGUCGGCUAUGGUGGGAGCUCACGCUCACCAUGGUUGUGGAGAAGCGGCACUGGAGCUCUUCCAGCUCAUGCAACUCGACGGCGUCAUGCCCAACGACGUCUCCUUCGUGAGCGUCUUCUCGGCGUGCAGCCACUGCGGCAGUGUGGAGAGAGCUUACGAGUACUUUGUGGGUCUGGAGCAAGACUAUGGAGUGAAGAUCACGGCCGAGCACUGGAAGUGUAUGAUGGAUCUGCUGGGACGGGCUGGGCGGCUGGGCGAGGCCGAGAAGUUCUUGAGCAAGAUGGAGUUUGAGCCGGACGUGGUGUUGUGGACGACGCUCUUGGCCGCGUGCAGUGUCCACGGGAACUUUGAGCUGGGGAAGCAUGCGGCAAAGCGGAUUCUAGAGCUCGACGAGGAAGACGACGCGGCUCACGUAGUUCUUACGAGCCUCCAGCAUUCUUCGCAGAGUGAUAUCUUGGAGAGUGGCCGGGGAUAGAACACUUUGGAGCAGAGGUCGUGACACGAAACUUUGCAGCACAGCCUACCAAUCCAGGUUGUUUUGCAGCCAGUGCCAACGAAGAAGAGGUUUGGGAACACGAUCAUUGAUAAGAGAGAGAGUCCUGUUCACGAGGAUUUAUUUCCAAUGUUGGUGACAAUCUUACGAGAAUC